GUGAACUCAAAACACAAAAGUAAAAGACAAGUCUUGGGAAGACAAGUAGAGAGAGAGAGAGAGCUUCACUAUUCUUAUUGUUAAAUCCCUUUGGCAUGUUAAUCUGUAACGAUUUUAUGUUUUCUUGUCAAGUCUCGAAUCCACAAGAAUGUCUGGAUCUGAAAUUUGAAUCUUUGGGAAGACAAAGCGUAUAGGUGAGGUUGCUGCUACUAUACUAUUACGUUGAAGAGAAGCAAGUAACUCAUUUGUUAAGAAAAAGCUCAAGUAUCGGUGUUAAUUUGGCUGAGCAAUGGAGUCGCGGAUGGAUCAGUACGAGCUCAUGGAGCAGAUCGGCCGUGGUGCGUUUGGCGCCGCCAUUCUAGUUCAUCACAAGGCCGAGAGAAAGAAGUAUGUUCUUAAGAAGAUCAGAUUAGCUCGCCAAACGGAACGUUGCCGGAGAUCUGCUCAUCAAGAAAUGGCGUUAAUUGCGAAGGUUCAGCAUCCAUACAUCGUGGAGUUUAAAGAAGCUUGGGUUGAGAAAGGUUGCUAUGUUUGUAUUGUCACUGGAUACUGUGAAGGAGGAGACAUGGCCGAGUUGAUGAAAAAGUCAAACGGUGUCUACUUUCCUGAGGAGAAGCUCUGCAAGUGGUUUACUCAAUUGUUAUUAGCUGUUGAGUAUCUCCAUUCUAACUAUGUUCUACAUCGUGAUCUAAAGUGUUCCAACAUUUUCCUUACAAAAGAUGACGUUCGCCUUGGAGACUUUGGUCUGGCCAAAACUUUGAAGGCGGAUGACUUAACUUCCUCGGUCGUUGGAACUCCAAACUACAUGUGCCCGGAACUGCUUGCUGAUAUCCCUUAUGGUUUUAAAUCAGAUAUCUGGUCCCUAGGCUGUUGCAUAUAUGAGAUGGCUGCAUUUCGGCCUGCUUUCAAAGCUUUUGAUAUGGCAGGGCUUAUAAGCAAGGUUAAUCGCUCCUCAAUUGGUCCGUUGCCUUCAUGCUAUUCCCCAUCUUUAAAAGCACUCAUCAAGGGGAUGCUAAGGAAGAACCCAGAGUAUCGGCCAAGCGCCUCGGAGAUCUUGAAGCAUCCGUAUUUGCAGCCAUAUGUUGAGCAGUAUCGUCCAGCCAUUUCCGCAGCGUAUAUAACUCCAGAAAAGCCUCUCAAUUCUCGUGAGGGCCGGAGGAGUAUGGCUGAAAGCCAGAACAGCAAUAGCUCCAGUGAAAGAGAUAACUUCUACGUGAUUGAAAAAAACAACCGACAUGUGGUUGCAAGCAAUGGUAAUAAAGUCACUGAGAGCGAUUCAGUUUCUGUGGAUGAACAAGACAUUCUCGACCAUAUGCAGCAACAACAACCAGUUGAAAAUGAAAAUGUCCAGUGUGUUUCAGCAACGAAAACAGAUAGUCAUGGCAUUUUAAAGCCCUCACAGGGUGACCAGAGACCAGACGCUAUUCAAGCAAGGCACCCAAAAACUAUUAGAAACAUCAUGAUGGUUUUGAAAGAAGAGAAAGGUAGAGAAAAUGGUUCACCUAUGAGAGUUAAUCGAGGGAGAACAUCUGCGGUUCCUACACAGAAGAACAAUACUGAAACUCCUUCAAAGAUUCCCAAACUCGGUGACAUUGCUCAUAGCUCCAAGAGUAACUCAAGUACACCCUCAAAGCUAGCCUCUGAAUCUGCAAGGACUCCUCCUGGAUCAAUACCGCGGAAGCAUCAUCAAAUGCCUGUGAUCGACCCUUCUUCAAAGCUUAAGCGUACAAACGACAGAAUUCCCCUUGCUCCUUCUGCAAAACACGAUCCCGAAGAGGCAAUGUCAGCUAAGCGAAGACAAAGAACACCUCCUACUUUACCAAUAAGAACGCCCUCAACACAAUUAGGAGCAGAUAUUCCUAUUAUGGUGGCUAAAGAAACCAUGAAGCUAUAUCCAUGUCAGCCGUCAGAGCACGAAAAUAAUGCUCAUCAACCUCGUGUCCAAACGUCUCCUGUGAACGCGCCGGAGCCAAAGAGAAUCUCUGUCGGAUCUUCCAAAGGGGUGCAGAGUGAAAGCAGCAACUCUAUCUCGUCUUCGUUGUCCAUGCAGGCAUUUGACCUCUGUGAUGAUGCUUCCACCCCAUAUGUCGACAUGUCAGAACAGACAACUCCUGAUGACCACAAAAGAUCAUGUCAUAGUGGAUACUCUUCUUUGUUUCCAGAAAUCUCAUCAGAUAUGAUGAUCCACAGAGACGAACACAGCACCAGUAUGCGGCUUGCUGAAAUUCCUGACACUGUUCCUGUUCCUGAUGUUCAAAACAACAUUUCUCAUCACCAGCCAGAAGGAAGCUCUCUUCCUGCGUCUAAAGAGAAUGGUAGCCCUGUAGCAUUACAAAGCUACGAGCCAAACGCGUCAGGUGAUGAUAAAUUCACAGUCAAAGAAUUUGUCUCCUCAGGACCAGUGCCUUCACAGUCGGAUAAUAAAACCACCAGCGUCGUCUCUCAGAACUUGGCUCUUGAGAAGAGCAACAAUCCUUCGGUGGUUGAUGAUAUCAUUCAUGUAAUCCGGCACAGCAGUUUCCGAGUAGGGAGUGACCAGCCGGUCAUGGAAAGUGUUGAAGUCGGUGUCCAGAACGUUGACGUUGGUAAACUCAUAAACGUUGUUAGAGAUGAACUUGAAGUGAGGAAAGUAGCCACUCCCUCUGAGUCAACCCCCACGAGAUCGACCAACUCAGAGCCUCCUGAAUCAAGAACUGAGACACGUCCUGAAGAACCAGACUCUAUCACUAGCUAUUCAGAAACCAAGAGCUUUAACUCAUACUCUGAUUUUUCACCAGCUGAGACAAGACCAAACUCAUUUAUGCCUGAUGAGGAAACAACUCCGGUUCCAUCUGUGAAAGAGACGUUGGACAUCAAGUCCUUCAGACAAAGAGCAGAGGCGCUUGAAGGCCUCUUGGAACUAUCUGCGGAUUUGCUGGAACAGAGUAGACUGGAAGAGCUAGCCAUCGUGUUGCAGCCGUUUGGGAAAAACAAAGUUUCGCCUAGAGAAACUGCUAUUUGGUUGGCGAAGAGCUUAAAAGGAAUGAUGAUCGAAGACAUCAAUAAUAACAACAGUGGCAGUUCCAGGAAGUGUUCAUGAUUUCAUCAAGGUACCAAUGUAUUAUACCACCAUCUUCAACCCAUCUCUCUUCUGUUACUUUUAUUUUUCCUGUAACGUUUAAAUUUGCAGAAAGCAAUAAUUAUUUUAUAAAAAAGUAAGAAUCAUUAAAACAAUAUUUUUCGAAGAACACAUCUUUUCGAAAUCUUGAAAGUACAGCUAGCUAACGAUGUUAGGCGUAAUUAUCUACGUUGUCUACUUUUGAAGGGAACUUCCUCAGAUUGUAAAAUAACAUAGAACUAGAUGAUAUCUGGGUCAUACGCAGAGUGAGUUUUUUAUAUUAAUGUUUGUUCGGUUUUUACAUUUUGUAAUAUUAUAUUUUUUAUCAAUUGUAAAAUAACAAAUAAAAAUGUUGGUCUA